AUGAGCGAUUUUGACCAUGGCGAAUACGGCGAGCCCUUCGAGAUGACGUGGGAUCUGGAGGACGCAGCAUCACAACUCGUUCCAGAAGAGACCAUACCAAGGAUGUUUGCAGCCAACCUCUCAGACGUCGCUCAACAAAGUAUUGUUGGAGACGACAAUUCCCUGGCCUCAGAGCGUGGUCUCGACGCUGUGACACAGGUUGUCCCAGAGGCAUUGCCGAAGACGACGGAGAAGCUCGAGAGACUUCAACGUCAAGUCACUACACUCGUACAGAACGACCACAAUGAUACGUUGGAGCUUGAAGCGCUGGAGAGAGGAUUGCACGACAAGUCGGAUGCAUUGUCUCAGAUAAGGCGUAAGCUUGAUCGUGCGGGCAUUAAGAUCGAAAGGCAGGCAUCGCAGAUUACAAGACUGGAGAACACCGAAUUAUCGCUGUCAACAACCAUCGACAAGCUGAAUCUCCAACUAACUGCCGCCAAAGAUCUCAUUCUCCAAGUGACCGCCGCCAAUGACACCGAGAUCCAGCAAUCAACAACCAUCAGAGAUCUCAACCUCCAACUGGCCGCCGCAAGGCACCACGAGUCACUGCAGUCGGUACGCGUCGAAGAGCUUGAUCGCCAGCUAUCAGUCGCCAAGGAAGAUCAUCGCGGUGAAGUAAGGAAACUUAAAGUCAAGCAUCAAGCCAACCAAGUUGAACAACGCCAUGCUGGUGAGAUGAGGAAAAUUGCGAAGAGACGCAAUCCUUACCAGUUUCGCAUCAAAGAGCUGGAGGCAGCCUUGACUACAUCCAAGCAAGACGUCGAUGACACUAUCAAGAACGCCAUGAAAGUGCAUGGCUUCAGCGGGGCGAAGGCGAAGAGCAAUCCUCACAAGGAAGAUGUUGAUGUCAUGCUCGAUCGCAUACAUGAGCAGAUGCUGGACUAG